AUGCUGCUCAUCGUUCUGCUAAUGUGUGCUGUGCUGCAGCGCACCCCGCACACUCACCCAUCCAGUGAAACAUCAAAAAUUACGGGUGAGCGCGUUCUUUACGUAACCCUUUAUCGCGGAGCAGAGCCUUUGACUGUUCUACUUGUGGACCAUUCGUACAGCACUGAUGUGAGGGUGAAGCGGAGCAAGUCGGUGUACUCUGCCCGGUUGGUGGGUGACAAGCAGUCGUACGGAUAUAUGGUGGCCGGUGAGCACUUCUACGGGGUGGUGGUGAGCAGAGGUGUGAGAUACGAGAUUGGAUACGAGAAUGGACGGUACACGAUGAACGAAAAUGAUAUUGAGUGCAGAGAGGAUAACAGCACUGGAACAAAACAAAAAUAUGGAGCUGAGAGUGUAUUUACCGGUGAAGCACAGAACGGUGUAUUUGAUGGGUUAUCACCGAACAAUUCGUUGACAGGUCACUCCUCUAAGCACAGAGCUGCUGAACAGUUCGCACCAAGUGAUUCUCUGAGGAGCAGUGCGAAGUAUUUUAAAAUUGUAUUUGUAAACGAUUAUGAAAGAACAAACACGAUAAGAAACAUUGAAGAAGAAACACGUAAAAUAUUCUUGGAGACGAAAAGGUACUUUGAUAGGUUAGGAUUGGGAAUCGAGUUGGUGCUCGUUGAUGUUUUGAAUGUUUCUGAACCUCUCAGUUUUAUGGGCACGGGCAGGGACAGUAUGAAGAAUUUGUGUUCUUAUGAGAUGUACAGUGCUUCUGAGAGUGUGAAGAGCGCUUUUAAGACGGGACCAGGAUGCAAUGAAAAUUGUGAGACGCAUGACACAGGAAAAGAGGAUAAUAUGCCAAAUACGGAUAAUGCGCAUGCUUACAGUUUUUUAUCAAAGUUUGCUGAUAAAUUCGAUGGUCUAAAGAACGAUGUCCGUAACACCAAUCUGAACGGUGCCAACCUAUUCAUACUUCUGACAGACAGCACAACUUCACAAACCAUAGAUGCUCUUACAUUUCGUUCCGGUGCCUGUUCACUUUCGAACAACUACUCGGUUGUUUUUAACACGGCUUUCGCGCGGACGAACAUGCCAAAAAUACUGGCACACGAAAUAUUGCACAGUAUGAGUGCCGGUCAUGAGAAAGGAUUGAUGGCGGAGAUAAGCGGUGAGAAAUGGGAAGGAAUAAGCAAUAGAACAAGGAGAGAGGUGUUAGAGUAUGUGGAGAAGCAUGGAAGAUGCUUUGAUGAUGGGAUGAAAUGCGGUAAUGGAGUUGUGGAUGAGGGAGAGGAGUGCGAUAGUGGAUUGAUAUAUGGCUCAGAGCGGUGUACACGGGACUGUAAGUUGAGAAGGAACACAGUGUGUGGAUAGAUGGCUCAGAGCGGUGUACACGGGACU